AUGAGCGCGGUGCGGGAGGUGAACGACAUGAAGGGAAACGCGAGGGACGUGCAAGUGCGGGCAAAGCGGGUGUUCGCUGGGAUACUGCCGGCGAUCGGGAUCGGGUUCGUGCCGCCGAUUUGGAAAAAGGCCAUCCAGCCGAAUACGCCGGAUUGGGCGGCGAAUUACGCGUUCGUGUUGGUGUUCACGAACUUGUUUCCGUGGCUCAUGGGACCGAUGGAAGGGGUCGAUCACGUCGAGGUUCCCACGCCGGCGUGGUUGACGAAGACGUUUAAGAAUGUGCCAAAGUUUGUGCGCGUGCCGCAAGCCGUCAAGGCGGAGCGGUGUCGGUUUUUAGAGACGUCGCAGUGCGCGAGCGUGUGCGUGAACACGUGCAAGGCGCCGUCGCAGGAGUGGUUGAAGGAGGACUUUGGGAUGGAUUUACACAUUCAACCCAACUACGACGACUUUUCCUGCCAAUGGAAGUUCAACGUCGUCCCGCCCCCGCUGUACGAAGACGCCGCCGUCAUGGUGCCCUGCUUUUCCAAGUGCGACUCCGAGUUCAAGGGCGAAAAAGACGCCUUCCGCCAGCGCGUCCGCGUCGCCACGGGCGUCGGCAUCGUCGACGGCGUCGACACGUACACCGGUGAAACCCUAGAACAAAUCGCCGCCCGCGCCUCCGCCGAGGCGCGCGCCGACGCCGCGUACGCCGACGGCACCGCCGCGAGCGCCGCCGCCUUCGCCUCGCGCGCCGACGACGUCGUCUCCUCCGGCAAGUGUUGGUCCGUCGACGAGCGUCGCGACGCCAUGAGCGACGCAUCGCAGUAG